CCUGAUGACCACAAGGAAAUAUGUCACUCUAUUCCUGGUGGGCUCUUGUUUCCUGUUGGACUACAGCUCCCAGCAUCCUCAGCUCUGGAGCAGAACUAAGGUCGCGGCGAUGUCAGGUAGACGGGCGAUUGGAGCGAGGAGCGCGAGGCCGUCCGCUGGGCGAGUGGCGUCGUUAGAGGGCGGGACAAGGCCGAGGAAACGCGACAGGUCGAGGAUGCAUCGUAUUAAAAGAGGAUGGGUGUGGAACCAGUUCUUUGUUUUGGAGGAAUACAUGGGGACCGAACCACAGUAUGUUGGAAAGCUGCACACAGACAUGGACCACGGAGAAAACGUAGUGAAGUACACGCUGUCAGGGGAGGGAGCCGGGUCCAUCUUCACCAUCGAUCAAAUUACAGGAGACAUACAUGCUCUGGUGGGACUCGACAGGGAGGAGAAGUCGUACUACACACUGAGAGCUCAGGCUGUUGACAUCCACACGGGCCUCCCUCUGGAGCCAGAGUCUGAGUUCAUCAUCAAGGUGCAGGACAUUAACGACAAUGAGCCACGAUUCCCCAACGGACCGUACAGUGGCAGUGUGCCGGAGAUGUCUCCAACAGGGACUUAUGUGACACAGGUGACAGCCACAGACGCAGAUGACCCCACAUACGGCAACAGUGCACGCAUCGUGUACAGCAUCAUUCACGGACAGCCCUACUUCUCUGUGGACCCCAAGACAGGAGUGAUCAGGACCGCACUGGCCAACAUGGACCGAGAGGUGAAAGAGGAGUACCAAGUUAUUCUGCAGGCCAAAGACAUGGGCGGUCAGCUGGGGGGGCUGGCGUCCACCACCUCCAUCAACAUCACUCUCAGCGACGUCAACGACAACCCACCGCGCUUUGCAAAGAGUGUCUUUCACCUGCGGGUGCCAGAGUCUGCACCACUUGCUUCGCCAGUCGGUCGCAUUCGGGCCCACGACUUGGACGCUGGCAGCAACGCAGAGGUGGAUUAUGCCAUCGUUCCAGGGGACGAGGGCAACAUGUUUGACAUCAUCUCAGAUCGACAUAGUCAAGAGGGCACCAUUGUCUUAAAACAGACCCUCGACUAUGAAACCAAAAAGUCAUACAGUUUCAAGGUGGAGGCUUCCAACGCGCAGCUGGACCCUCGUUUCCUCCACCUGGGGCCUUUCAAAGACUCGGCCACAGUGAAGGUGAGUGUCCUGGACAUGGAGGAGCCUCCGGUCUUCACCAAGCCGUCUUACUCCAUGGACGUAUACGAGGACACUCCCCCGGGGACCAUCAUUGGCUCCGUGACUGCCCACGACCUGGAUGUCAGCAGCAGCGCUGUCAGGUAUUCUCUGCUGUGGGACGCGGAGUCUGACAGCUGCUUUGACAUCGACACCGUCGAGGGGACCAUUUCCUCUAAUGACUACCUGGACAGAGAGAUGGCUCCACAGCACAAGAUCACUGUGGUGGCGACCAAAGUCAACAACCCACUGCUUUCCAACAAAGUGUCCGUGACAGUCAACGUCCUGGACGUGAACGAGUUCCCGCCCGAGCUGGCCGUUCCUUCAGAAUCGUUUGUGUGUGAAAACUCCAAGGUCGGACAGGUGAUCCAGACGGUGAGCGCCGUGGACAGGGAUCUUCCUCCUGUCGGUCAGAGGUUCUUCUUCAAGGUCCCGAGGGAGCUGCGCAACCGGAACUUCACUGUCAGAGAUUUUGGAAACAACACCGCCGGCAUCGUGGCGAGGCGGUCGGGCUUCAAGCGGCGGCUGCAGGACGUCUACGUUCUUCCCAUCGUGGUGGAGGACAGCGGUUACCCGGCUCAGAGCAGCACGGGCACGCUCACCAUCCGAGUGUGCUCCUGUGGGACGAGGGGCUCGCUGCUGACCUGCUCAGCAGAGGCCAUCUUUCUGCCCGUGGGGCUCAGCACUGGAGCUUUGAUGGCCAUUCUUCUGUGUGUGGUUCUGCUCAUUGUUAUGGCUGGAUUGUACAUGAGCCAGAGGCGCCGCAAAGAGAAGGAGACUCUGAUGACAUCGAAGGAGGACAUACGCGACAACGUGAUUCAUUACGACGACGAGGGCGGCGGCGAGGCGGACACUCACGCCUUCGACAUGGGCACCCUGCGCAGCACGCACACACAGCGCGCCAGCGCCCAUAGCAGCACCUCCAAAAAGGACAGCAGCUACGGCGACGGCGUUCUGCUGCAUCUCGCCAGCCGCUGCGACGACGUCAGAUCACCUGGCGUCCAUCGUCAAAUGGCCAGCGCUAUCGUCGCGGUGAAGAAAAAGGCCCCGCUCUCGUCCCGUGGCAGAGUGACUGAGGGCGACAGCGAAAUGAUCAAGGAGUUCAUCAAACACCGGCUGGAGGAGAGUCAGAAAGGACACGCCGCUCCGCCCUUUGACUCCCUAGUAACCUACGCCUACGAAGGUGACGGCUCCAUGGCUGGCUCGCUCAGCUCCAUAGAGGAAUCAUUGGUAAUUGACAGUUCAGGGGAUUUACCUUCCCUCGGUGACUGGGGACAGCCGUUUAAAACACUAGCUAACAUCCUGGACAGACAGCCGUCUCCUCUGUCUAAGGAGAGCUGAGAGACAUUUGGGAAGUAGCUUCUGUUUUUCAGACGUUUUGUGUUUUUUUUACUGUGACGGGCACUGUAUAGAAUGACGGGAGGACGAUUUUUAGAAAACAGUCCAUGUGAGGUAGUGUUGAUGGCAGUGCCAGUUGGCUAGAGAGCAGAGAAUCUAGCGACAGCUGCAUGAAAAGGUAAACUUGAUAGCUCCUCAAAGUGCCUGAGGUACUGUAUAUGUUUACAUGUCUUUUGAUCCAUGAUACUUAAUAAAAAAAA